AUGCCUCCCAAGGCUGACGGUCGGCGUAAAUCUGGCAGCAAGACAAGGCUUGUUGUUACUCUCAAAAUUGCCGCGUCUAGAUUGCGCGAAGUGAUGCACGCCGAAUCUCCCGAUGCUGAAUCACCCACCCCAAAAGAGUCUUCUGAGCCCAAGGACUCGCCUGCUCCGUCUGCCCACCUGGCCGUGUCCGGCGUGUCGAACGGUGACAAUGCUUCCGAUUCCAACGCUGCGACACCGGCAGCCGAGGGAACUCCUGCACCUGCAUCAAUGGCGCCCCCAACAGAUGGCCGAAAGAAAGGCGCAAAGAGGUCUGCAGCUACGAUAGAUGGGGUGCCAAAGCCGCGCGGAAAACCGGGCCCCAAGAAGAAGCCUAGAUUGGAGGAUGGCACAAUCGACCACGCCGCUGUCGCUAGAAUGCAAGCAGCCAAACUUGGCCCCAAGGCCAACCAGGGAGCCAUCAAUGCUGGCCUUCGCGCUCUCGAUCGAUCUGGCAAGCCUUGCCGCAAAUGGGCUCGAGGUGGCUUCAAGCUGAAGAGUUUUACCGGUGUAAUUUGGGAGAUUCCUCGCUGGACUGCUCCAAACACAAAGAAGUCUGGUGAAGACGACAAUGACGAGUCUGGGGCGGCUUCAGCCUCUGCUGACAACAGCAGCGGCAAGGAGAAUAAAGCCAAUGGCCAAGAAGAAAACAGUGCCAACAACAGCAAUGCUGGAGGGGAUGUCGAGAUGAACAGCGCUCCUAGCAUCAAUGCUUCGUCACCGGCUCCUAUUGCUAUUUCUGCCGCAUCUUAA